AACAAACAAAAAAAAAUUUGAUCUGACAUUUAGUUUUCCGUGAUGAUGAUGAUGAUGAUUUUGAUGAUUGUUGAAGGAUUUCCAUGGUUCCCGGUCUCUACUAAUCAGGAAUAUCAUAUCACAAUCACAUAAUAAUAAAGUGAUUGGUAAAAACGACAAGAAAAGACAAGAUUAUAUAUAUAACACACUCAAUUUAAUUUGGUGCCGUCUGCUGCAAUGACUAUGAAAUGAUUGAUGCCGACAAAUAUCUACAACCAUCAAAAGAAGACGACAUCAUCAUCAUAUGUGUACAUUUCUAAAUGAAAAUAGCAUCAAACAACACAAAACUCGACAAAUCUACAACAAUCUACGACAUUCAUAGCAUCAUCCACUAAGUUGAUUUUGAUUUGAGUUCGAAUUUUCGAAUCAAGAAAAACAUUCAUUCAUUUUUUUUGUUUGUUUCUUGAUUCGUUGUUUUUUUUUGUUGUUGUUGUUGACAUUUGCAAUAAUAAUGGAAAACGUACGUAAAUUUUAUGAUCAAAGUGUUGAAACAGCUCGUUCAUUGUAUGAACGAUGUCGAGCAUUCGCCAUUAGAACAUUCACAAAAGAUGAUAAUCCAAUGAAAUCAUCAUCCACUGUACAUCCAGUGAAUACAAAUCAAUCAUCAACGGCGAUUGUUCAAACACAACAACCAAUACCUGUACAUAAAGUUAUUAUGGUUGGAUCCGGUGGUGUCGGUAAAUCAGCAUUAACAUUACAAUUUAUGUAUGAUGAGUUUGUUGAAGAUUAUGAACCAACUAAAGCUGAUUCGUAUAGAAAAAAAGUACAAUUGGAUGACGAUGAGAUACAUAUAGAUAUAUUGGAUACGGCUGGCCAAGAAGAUUAUGCCGCAAUAAGAGAUAAUUAUUUUCGUUCUGGUGAAGGUUUUCUUUGUGUAUUUUCAAUAUCCGAAAUGGAAAGCUUUGAUGCUAUACAUGAAUUUCGUGAACAAAUUUUACGAGUAAAAAAUGAUGAUAAAGUACCAUUCAUUUUGGUGGCAAAUAAAUUUGAUCUCGAUCAAAAUCAACAUCGUGUCAGUAUGGAUAAAGCACAAGAGCUGGCCAAUUCAUGGAAUGUGCCAUUGUAUCAGACAUCAGCCAAAACCAAAUUCAAUGUACAAGAGGUAUUUUUCGCAUUACUAAGAGAUAUUCAUCAAAGAAAAUUGGCCGGCAUUCAAAUGGCUAAAGGUGGCAACAACAACACCGUACAGGAAGAACAAUCGACAUGUUGUUUGUGUUUUUGAUGACAAAAAAAAAUUGUUAUUCUCACACACAUUCAUUGUUCUCUUUUUUUUUCUCGCGUUG